AGAAAAUUGGGAAUCUAUUUGUUUCUUUGUUUCUCCGGAGAGUGGCUCUCUUGAACCAACCAACCUGUACCUUCAUUUCCAUUUUUAUUGCAUUCAGUAAAUCUCCAUUUAAUCAUUCAUUCCAUUUUCCUAUUGAAAUUCAUCCAAUCAUACAACUCACACUACAAUUGGUAUCGGAGCCAAACUCUUAUCACCAUGGGAGAGGGAACUCACAUGAACUAGAUGUUGGAGUCCAUCGCUGCCCUGAAGAGAUCACAAAAAGAGCAGCAAAUCACUCAAGCCGAACAGCAGAAGCUACUCAUCACCAUGACUCAACAAUUGGGAGCUCUCUCCGAUGCUGUGAAGCUUCUCGGCAAGCAGAAACUCGACCAGGAAGGGCCAGGAGAGACAUCGAGCCACAACUUCGGAUACCAACACCGUGAGAGCUUCAAUGGGGAGCAACACAUUAUAGACAGAGCAGAGACCCUGCUCGGCAACGAUCAGAGACAUAUGUUGUCCUUGGAGCUCGUCUCUACCAUUCACCAAAUCAUCAUCAACGACGCAGCUUUACUCGCUUGCACUCAGAAUCUGGGAGCACCAAGCCCAUUGGAUCUGGUCAAGGCACCUGCUAAUCAAUAACUGGUCGUUGGAACCAGCAUUCCUGAUGCAAAGAAUUUGAUGAAAGGCAAGGUGGUCGACAAGGAGGCGGUUGAUGAGAUGGACGGUGACGAUCAGUGCGAGAUCGUGGAGCUCGAUGCUAUGGAGUCGCUUGCCGAGCACAUCCACUUCUGCGGGAUUUGUGGAAAGGGGAUUAAGCGAGAUGUCAAUCUGAGAAAGCUCAUGCAAGCUCACGAAAAUCAGCUCACAACCCCAGAAGCGCUCGCCAAGCCACUGAGUUAUGCCGAGACCGAGAAGACGAGGUUCUCGCGCCCGUUCCAGGGUUGCAAUCAUACAAAACCUCACUAUCUUGUGUUUGGUUUGAUUUCCUUGAUGAAGUCAUUGGCGGGUGUCUCAAAAGCGAGUUCUAUGGGGGCUUUCGAAAUGUCUUCGUUCAAGGGUCCUCCUAUAAUAAAGUUUUUGCAAGGGUCGAAGCCGCUUCCUACUAGCGGGGUCUCGGUAGCCGAGGAAAUGGAAAAAAGGGGAACAAUGUGUUAUGAGGAUGAAGAUGAUGAGAAAUAUGUGGAGGUUUCUAAGCAAUUCUGUGUACAUGGGGAUUUGUCAAUCGCGCUAGAAUGGCAGAUCGUGGUUGCGAACCAGCUUUCGGUGCGGGCUUUUCACGAUCCCGAGAGCAAGAAGUGGUGUUUUGAUGUGCGUUGGUGUUGCAGCUGAAUGAUAGGUUUCCACCGAAGGUUGAGGUCUUGUAUGUGGGGAGUUUGAAGGCGGAGAUCGAACCGGCGGAGCGAAAAGAGGUUGGCCAGUUCUUGCUGAAGAAGUUUGGGUGCGUGCCUACUUUUUUGUCCAAUGAAAUUCAGGACAAGUUCUACCAUGGAUUCUUGGCGCGCCUAUGUAAGGGCAAACCAGAUUUUUGCCAAUAAGGUCUUGGAGGUGCUAAACAACCCUUAUGAGGACUUCGUCUUGAUACAUGAUUAUCACCUCAUGGCUAUGUCGUCUUAUCUGUGGAAAAAAAUUCACCAGGCAAUAAUGAUAAAAGUAAGGGUAGAAGGUUCUGGUUUUCAAGUUGAUGAGUUUUCAGAGUCAGAUAUAGCAGUACGCCGGCUAAAAAUUAAAGGAAUGACAUGCACUGGCUGUGUUGAGUCUGCUGAACGUGCCCUUUUAAUGGUUGAUGGAGUGAAGAAAGCUAUGGUUGAUCUUGCCCCUGAAGAAGCAAAGGUCUAUUUUGAUCCAAAUGUCACUAAUACUAACCACAUCAUUGAAGCAAUAGAAGAUGCCGACUUUGAAGCCGAUCUUAUAAGCUCUGGCAAUGAUAUUAACAAAGUGCACCUAAAACUUGAAGGAGUGAGUUCUCUGGAAGAAAUGAAUUUUGUUCAAUCCUCUCUAGAGUUUGUUGAAGGUGUGAAUCAAGUUGAAAUGGACAUGGGGGGAAGUGCAAUAACUGUUAGUGAUGACCCGAACCUCACUAACCCAAGAUCUCUUUUGCACUGCAUUCAGGAAGCUGGGCAUGACACCAAAAGGUACAAUGCAACCUUGUUCCAUCCUCCUAGACGAAGAGAAAGAGAGCGAGAGCAUGAAAUACAGAUAUAUAGAAACCAGUUCUUCUGGAGUUGCCUAUUUUCAUUUCCUAUUUUUGUUUUCUCUAUGGUACUUCCAAUGCUUCGUCCUUAUGGCAAUUGGUUAGAUUAUAUGGUGUACAACACGCUCACUGUUGGCAUGCUUCUAAGAUGGAUCCUUCGUACACUAGUGUAGUUCAUUGUUGGCCGAAGGUCUUAUGGGGGAUCGUACCAUGCUCUGAGACGGAGAUAUGCUACUAUGGAUGUUCUGGUUGCACUGGGAACCAUUUCUGCUUAUGUCUAUUCUCUGCAUAUAGUUAUUAAAGCAUUGACUUCAAAGGAAUUUGAGGGUCAAGAUUUCUUUAAGACUAGUGCCAUGUUAAUAUCCUUUAUUCUCCUAGGAAAAUAUUUGGAGGUGGUGGCUAUGGGGAGGACAUCAGAUGCAUUGGCAAAACUGACAGACCUUGCCCCUGAGACAGCUUGUCUGCUUAUAUUGGAAACUGAUGGAAAUGUUGUCUCAAGGAUGGAAAUCAACACUCAAUUGAUACAAAGGAAUGAUAUAAUUAAGAUUUUUCCAGGAACAAAAGUUUUUGUUGAUGGGGUUGUUGCCAUGGGUCCUAACUUCAAGAAGCUUUCCGUUGAUCACAUUGUUAGUGCCUAUGUGAAUACAAAUAGUCGGUUGAUACUUUUGGACUAUGAUGGGACUAUGAUGUCAGAAUCUUCAGUGGACAAAACUCCCAGCAAUGAAGCUAUUACAAUGUCGAAUGCUUUGUGCAGUGAUCCCAAGAACGUUGUUUUUGUUAGCAGUGGUAGAGGGAAGGAUUCUCUUAACAAAUGGUUUUCUACAUAUGAAAAAUUGGGAAUUUCAGGAGAGCAUGGUUCCCUUAACAGGGGGACUAAGGAUUUUCCGUGGGAGUUUUGCCCAUUAAUGAUGGAAUCUUCCUGGAAAAAGAUGGCAAAACUUGUGAUGGAGCUUUACACUGAAACAACUGAUGGCUCUUCUAUAGAACCAAAGGAAGCUGUGCUUGAAGGUGAUCUUACUAAUGAGCCUGCAGUUGUUAAAACGGGUCAACACCAAGUUGGAGGGAAGCCACAGGGUGUUAGCAAAGGCUUGGUAGUGGAAAACCUUAUAUCGACCAUGCGAAGUAAGGGAAAGACCCUAGAGAAACAUCUUUUCGUGAAACCUAAUUCUCUUAUCCAAAGCUACUGUUGGUUUGUGCGUAUGAGAGGGGAGAGAGAAGAAAGAUGGGGUUGUUUAGAGAAGCACUGCGAGGAAAUCCUGCAGCAGGAGAAGGAAGAUGUGACGUGGGAGUGAUAUCAUACGUUGAAGGAGCAGUUUUCUCACCUUGUGGGCAAGGUGCUCUCAAGGAGAGGGUAUUGCUAUGGGCCAAACUUGAAUAAGGGUGGAGGAAGCCCAGCGGGGAGCUGGGAGAACGCUGAGGAUAGCUGGCGAGCACUGGAGGGGAUUAGGUGCACGUGCGAGUUUGGGCCGAGUUACCGUGUGGGGGUUGGGCUGAGUCCUUGCGAGCUGAGUUGUGGAAGUCGGGCCGAGGCACUGUGGGCCAAAGCCCAUUUUAUCUUUUAUUUCAAAGUCUUCUUUCAUUACAAACUCUAUCUUUUGCUUUACGUAAAGAAAAAGCCCAUGUGGGUAUUCUAGAAGCAGGUUGUUGGAAGUUGUUAAGGGUAUAUAGUGGUUAGUGGGAAGGAGGGAGUUAGCUAGAAAAUUGGGAAUCUAUUUGUUUCUUUGUUUCUCUAGAGAGUGGCUCUCUCGAAUCAGCCAACUUGUAGCUUCAUUUCCAUUUUUAUUGUAUUCAGUAAAUCUCCAUUUAAUCAUUCAUUCCA